GCCUGGAGCCCGACAAGCCUCAUCCAGUAUUUUGGUAGCAGCUUGGUUCCUUCCAAUCUUGGCGCGCUUCUCCCUCCUAACCUGCGUGUCCUCGAGUGACAGCGGUAUAUCCACUCCCACAAACAGAACACACAGCACAGACACACACACAACUCCUGCAGCAUGCGAGGCUGGAUGGUGAUCGCUGCCGCGGCAUUGGCAGCAGACGCUGCUUCCGCUUCGGGCGCCGCGUCCGUCUACAACAUCAGCGACCCGAUGUACGGCACGUGCCGUCUCAAGGGCAUUUCAGACUCCUCGGAGAAUUUCAAGCUCUACGCGUCCGUGCCCAGCAAAGACUACUCGCUCAACGAGGCCUGUGCGCGCUGCAUUACUGUCACGCGUGACGACGACUCGACCAAGACCGUCACCGCUUAUGUGUUGGAUGUAUGCGAUGGCUGCGAAUCUGGAACGGUUCAGCUAUCGGGCGAUGCGAUGACGGCGCUGGAUAUCGACACGACCGACACGGCCACGAAGGUUUCGUACAAGUUUGGCACGUGCACAGAGUCACUCAUGUCGGGCGACAUUAAAGCUUGCCUCAUGGACGGCGCCUCGGCCACAUACGUGCCACUGCAGUUUUACAACUCGCAGAAGGUCAUUACGGGCGCGACGAUCGAUGGCGUAUCGGCCACCAGCACAUCCUCGACCUUCCUGUACUCGGCCAACUCGGGUUCUUCCUCCAGUACGUGGUACAAGAGCGUUGAGUUCUCGGUCACUUCCGACGAUGGCGAGACGCUCAACAGCACCUUUGCUUUCUCUAGCAAUUCUGCAUGUGCCACGUCCAGCGUUCAAUUUAACUCGGCGUCGACGGAGAAUGGUGUCGACGGAAGCACCAUCGCCUCGUCGAGUUCAUCCUCCGCUGCCAUCAUCGGCGGAGUCUGCGGGGCUGUAGGUGCGUUGUUGAUCAUUGUUGGUUCCGUUAUUCUCAUCCGUCGUCGCAACCGUGCGUCGAAGGAUCUGGAAGACCCCGAAAACGACGUGGAGAACCAGUACCUGUCUCCUGCAGCCAAGCCCACGGCCGCCGCUGCGGGUGCCAAAACCUUCCACGAUGAUGACGGUGACAACCAUCAUCUCCCCGCGUCACCUACAGUGGACUAUGCCGAGUCGUUCUCGCCUGCUGCCAGCUCUAAGGCUCCUAGCUCACGUCUGAGCGAUAUGAGCGUGCAUGAAACCCCCGCCACUCGUUUCGAGACCCCUGCAUCCGCCGUCCCUGCCUCUGUAAUUGCUGCGUCCGUCGCGGUGGACUCGGCGCCAUCGUCUGCGUCAUCUGACCACUCGUCGGACGUGUCUGCUCCUUACUCGCACAACUCCUCGGUCGAGCCUUCUCCGUCAUCAGAACCUGUCUAUGUGGCCCCCACGUACGCCUACAGCAACGGCAAGGCUACCAGUCCUCGUCGCUCGACCGUACCGAACGCCAAGGCUGUCUCCACACUGUCUGCCCCUGUUGUGCCGCGUCAGGCUUCGAGCACGCAGUACGAUGACGUUGAGGAAGACCGUUCAAGCUUCGAUAUUGACGACAUGCGCGAGUCAGAGGCUCGUGCUACAUCGACGGAUAACUCUCGUCGCUAUGGCUCGCAAGCUUCGUACACGCCAUACAGCGCUGCGGAUCCCUAUGCUAUGACGGUGACGUCUCCGCAGAGCAACGUCCGUGCCACGAGUCUACGUCGUCCGAGCGCCAAGCAGAACUCGAUGCGCGCGUCGGGUCGUGAGUCUGGACGCUACAACAACGAAUCGAUGCUCUCGGACGCAGACAGCUACGCGUCGGCGCCUCGUCAGACAAACCAGUCGAUUCUAUCGAACAGCACAGGCCUGCAGUCUGGCCGGUCGAACGCGCCGGAUAACUACUCGUUCAGUCGACCAAGCGCGUCGACGGAGACUGGAACCCUGACGGAUUCAGUAUGCGACAGCUACGCUUCAGUCCCCGCCGCGCAGCAGAACGUUGACCUGUCUGCGUCGCAGCACAGUCUCGGCUCUAUGCGCGAGAGCGGUGGCUACAGCCGCGAGUCCCUGAGCAUUCUGGGCUACCCUUACUCUAAGAAGAGCGGACGACACCACAACACUACAGGUUAGCCAUCCCUUUGACGCGUCCUUUUGAUGCCUAGCGAGCGGGCUAGCAGCUUCCUGGCUGCAGCUCAAUCCCGGCUAGCUGUGUAGCAGCAAAGCAGCCAGCAGGAAGCUGCUUGCCUUCGUGGCUACUGUAUUUGUACAAUACUCAUGCUUUUGGGGCUGAGUACAUAUCUAAACCAUUAUGCUCAUAUUGUGUUGUU